AUGAAGCUUCUCCUCCUAGCUAUCUUUCUGGUGACUUUGGUCUCGGCCCAGCAGUACACCACCAAAUAUGACAACAUCAAUCUGGACGAGAUUCUGUCUAACAAGAAAGUCCUUAAUGGGUACUUGAACUGUGUUUUGGAUAAAGGAAGGUGUUCUGUUGAUGGCAAGGAACUGAAAUCUCACAUAGCAGACGCCCUUCGCACCGGGUGCAAGAAAUGUACCGAGCCCCAAAAGCGUGGUACAACAAAGGUUAUCAGGCAUCUUAUCAAGUAUGAAAAGGAGGCCUGGGUUAGCCUUCAGAAGAAAUACGACCCCGCCGGCACAUAUGCUAAGAAAUAUGAGAGAGAGCUCAGAGGAAUAUAGACUGAAUUACAAAGGACUGGAAAAACUCGUUUAAAUUCUCUAUAAAUCUUUCUUAAACUUCGAUAGUUUAAAAUAUUUAUAGAUGUAAAUAACAUGAUUAUAGGCAUUUCCGACUCCACAUAUAACUUAUAUUGCAGUAAAAAACAAUCAAGAUUUAUAUUAUUGACUGAAUUAUAAAAAUGCAUCCAUAGAAACAGUACAAUAUACUUAACCUAUAUAAUAAUAGUAGUAAAAGAAAAAGUUUGGUCCCUGUGAAAGUGCACGGUUAACCCUGGAAGCAAGGAUAUUCUUGAUGAGGGAAGCCGGUUGGUAGCCGUGCUGGUCUAAGACGGUUGCAUAUUCAGAUGACUGCAUAAGUAUAUUAACGCUGGCAGCGUUUCCUUGUAUUCCUUCUGCGAAAAAAGCACCAACUCUAGGGUUACCAGUACCAGGCGCCAACAUAAAUCUUUAUUUGCCUUUGCACUUGAACCCUACGACUCAUAAAUCGCUAAUGCAAAGCGGACAAAUCAACGAUGGAUGAAAACUAUAUA